AUGACACACGAUAAUAAACACAGUCAAAAACAGACUCAGUGCACGACGAUUCGAUUCAUCGGAGAAAUUGAUGAGCCUGAUGACAUAUGCGAAUACGAACGAGUUAAUCUCUACAAAGACAUUAUUUGGAGCGGAAACGGACCACAUGUUGAUCCUGCUGGAACUUAUACUCCUCCUCUCCUUGCCAGCGACUGGUUUCGAUACAACGCGUCUCAAGAUCUUCUUAUGAGUCCUUCAACAAACAUCGAUGUCGAACUUCAAGUCACUGGAGAUUACGAUGUUUCUGACGUUGAAAACAUGUUUGACGGGGACGACUCAACUUGGUUUUCUUUUGAAGAGCCUUGUACAGAAGACUACCGACCAUACGAACUAACGUUUCGAUUCAUCGACGGAACUGUCGGGGAUGGAAACUGGUAUGAAGAUUUCGGAAGAGUCAUCUUCGAAAAAAUUGUUAUCAAAUUCAAUUACGAGAUCGUCUAUCUUCCGAAUUUCGACUCUGAACACCCGAUGAAUCAGCAUGUCGAUUUCAAGGGCUUUUCUCACAACUCUGUCAAAGCGUAUUAUAACAGUAUCGACUCGUGGACGAAUGUAUACGAAGAUGUACUGAUUUCAGAGCUUCUUCCGACAGAUGAUUUCUUCACUUUCGAGUUCAGACCCAAAGACUCAGCGAUAGUGACGAAUCAAAUCAAACUGGUCUUUGGAAACACGGCGAUAAAAGUUUCGGAAAUCUCUCUUUAUUGGAAAGAAUGCGCAAUGAUCCCCUUCCUCGCCGGUAAUUACAAAGUCGGAAGCGAGAUCAUACCCGGUAUCGACAAGGAAAUUUGUGCUCUCGAUGCGAAACCCACGAGUUUGUCAAAUUUCGGAUACGAGCGAGUUCUAUCCGGAGAAAUUAUUCUUCCAGGGCCUUAUGAUUUUGCCACAGAUGAUCAUCCAAAUAUGCAGUUUAAUUGGGCAGCGAUCAAGAAACUCAGUGGACAAAUUCUCUCAAUUUCUGAUGCUCAAGCCGCUUGUUCAAUCGACGGAAAGCAGCUCAUCUACCCUUGGAUGGAAUCACAAAAUCAAUGGUGGUCCGAUCGAAUUAACGAAGUCAUUGACACCGGCUCAGUUUCUGGUAUCUACGCAAUCGUUGGACUCGAAACGAUUUACAAAACAACGACAAAUGGCAUUUUCUUUCCGCCAGGUCUUCUCAAGCCGUUGAAACCGGGAAAUGCAAACAACGGAUUCGUUAAUUUCUGGGGUUCGAAAUCGAACACGGCUGCUCAAGCCGCGUUUCAGGAGCUCUCGAAUGGAAAUGCUUUUUACAUCGACCCAGCUACUGGAGACUGGGCUUUGAUGGAUCUUCAAAAUGAUGCUGCGUCGUAUAGUGAUUGGGAUACAGUCAUGUGCGUGUACAUUUCGGAUGUGAUUACCACAUGUUCCACCCCUCAAUACGACGGAAGGUACAUCUAUCUAAAAGCCAACGACAACAAUGGGGCGCCCAUUUACCGCUCCGAACAUCCCGCAAUCCUCGACACUUCCGAUUUGACGAGCAAGAGCUAUCUCUACAUCACCAAAACUGAUAAAGAUUCCGUUGUUGGAGAAUCAGAAGAUUUCUGGACCCUUUCGACUUCAACCGCAAUCGACUCCGAAUACUUCCUGAAAAUGACCAGCUCAUCAGAAUUCCCCUUCUACAACGCUGGCACUGAUGAAAAUGACACGAAGGUCAUCUGGGCCGGAUUUGACGAUUCUAAACUGGUCAUUGCCUCUGUUGACGACGGCUAUUGCGCAGAAGGCGAAAACUACUGUACAAACGGCGACUGCAUCAUCCGCUCUGGGAAACGCGUGUGUCUUUGCCUCCCAGGGUACACGUUAACUUCCAAGACCGUCUGUGAGGACUUUGACGAGUGCGCACUUCAAGCUGACAACUGUCCCUCAUCAAAAUCCUGCUUCAAUACCCCUGGCAGCUACUACUGUGCUGAGCCCUGCGAGUCGAACAAGCUCCUCAAAGUCAUCAAAGGAAAAUUCUCCGAUAAGGCCUGCCCAUCACGUUAUACAAUCAACGGCGAGGUCUUCCGGACUGUUGGAGAUGCGACGGAUAUGCUUGUCUAUCAAAGCGAGUCAUCGGACGAAUUCCUCUGCCGCACGGAUCGAGGUUGGAUUUCAGGGCCUUCGCCCAGCUGCGAUCACGCAAGUUGCCACACAAAGCUUUUUUCGCGCCAAAUCGACCGCUGCCCGGAUCAAAUCACGGCUUGGGAAACGAUCAACUUUCAAAAUAUUCAAGUCGAUGUUGAAGAAGUCGAAGCACCUGAUUGCUGGUGCGGUCCGUUUGGAAGCUAUUCUGCCGACCGAAUGGAAUGCGCCUGCGCGGAGGGCUUCUACCUGGACCGGAAUUACUGCCACCCCGAAGAAGUGUUAAACGUGCAGUCGAGUUAUGCCCCCGAAAUUAAUGGAUUUUAUAAAUUUAAAAAUUCGUUCGAAAAUGGACGCCCCCUUUAUCGCCACGUUGGAAGCGAUAAGGUUAUCAGAUAUAACCAGAAAUGGAUUGUCUCCAGCGGCGCCAAAAAUAUUAUUGAGUACUACGGAAAGGACAAAAGCCCCGUCACCGAAGAACGCGUCCUCCAAGUCGCCGUCCACAAAGAAAUCGACUACUGCUCAAGCGGCUUGGCCCCGUGCGCCGGCUCAUCGGACUACUUUUGCCUGAACAAGCUUGGCGGCUUCACGUGCGCGCCCAAGUUCCUCAGCUUUGAAGAUGGUGCUAGCUCUCCAUUGAGCCGCUACCGCAUCCGGAACAUGCAGUUGGUGGAGGGAGUGAGCUACGCUGGACAGAACGAGUACCCGGUGUACGGCGAUUUGGGAAAUAAAUUUGGAUCGGAGCGACUCUUCGUUGUCAAACACAACAUCAAGGACCAAUGGAAGCUCAUCGACGAAAACAUGUUUUCUUCUGACGACGCUCUGGCCAUUUUCUCCGUCCAGGGUUCAGAUUCUUCUUCCGUUCCAGUCGGAGAGACCCGGCUCAUUUGGCCCUCUGGAAAACCCUUCCGCCUCGAAAUUCCAACGAUCAGCGCGAGCGGAUUCGAAUCUCCAUGUCCACGAGAGACGCCGAUUUGUAAGUUUUCGGGUAAUGGAGGAUAUAACUGCUGCGAUCGGGUCAAGAACUGCCCGACUAGGGCUUGUGAUGCGGCGAAGGGAGAGAUUUUGAAAUCUGGACGAUGUGUUUGCAUGGAUAAAUUUGUCUCAACAGCAGAUGGUUGUAAGUAUGAAUCAUCAAGAAGAAGUGAAAUUCGACGGGUGACAACAACGACGACUACCACUGCUCCAACUCGAAAUUAUCGAUUUGGACCAAUGAUGCGCGCUGGAGGAUUUUACGAAACAACCAUGGAGACUGUUACUGCCCCUGUUGUCAGACUCAAGGCUGCAACCCCUCGACCGACAAUCUCAUCUGGCUGGGCUGCCAAUCCCUUUGAUUUCUGCUUUGGCGCAGGUUGCAAGAAACAGAAAACGGAAGAAAUCCCUAAUGUCCGAGUACGAGGAAAAUCUCCACCGACCAAAGCUCCAAGGACUUCGAGAAAGAGCACAACCCGAAAGCCGUCGUUCGAAAAUCAUCGUGAAUCUAUCAGAAGAGUUCUUCCUGGCUGGAACCCCGCGGCUGUUGAAGUUCAAAUGGAACGACAGGCGAUUGUAAAGAGCAUGAACUCUGAUGGACCGGCUACUAUUCGACAAUCCACUGAUCCGGAGAAGCAGAAGCUUCUUCCAGAGAACACCGACGACUUCGUCAUUCUUCCACCAGCAUCGACCGUCGAAGAGACAACGACAACAACAUCAACAACAACAACGACGACAACAACCACAACGACAACAUCGACAACAACAACAGAGGAAGAAACAAUAACAGAUUUCUCAACAACAACGGACUUCACAACAACAACAGAGGGAACAUCCACAACAACAGGAACGACCACCACAACUGCUACAUCCUCAACUCUAGAACUCGAGCAAACAACGACGUAUGGUUCCACUACCUCGAUUGGAACGACUACGACAACGAUGGAAUCAACAACCACGUUGGCAUCAACAACCGAAGCAGUGGAAAUCACAACAACAGUCAGCACGACAACUGCUUACACAACAACCACGAUGACCACAACUGAUUUCACCACUCUCGACACCACCACCAAGUAUGCCACUGUCGAGCCAGUCAAGGACAUCACAACAACCGUGCUUACAACGACAACUACUCUCGCCACAACGACUUCCGCUCAGAUCGCGGCGUAUUCUCAAUGGACAGAAUGGUCCGAAUGCACGGGCAAAUGCCCAAGCGGUGUGCAAACGCGAGCGCGACUCUGCGAAGGAGCACUUUGCAAGUUGCCAAUUGAAUCGGAACGGCGAUCGUGUGACAUUCUCGUUUGCGCCCAUCAGGAUGCUCUGAUGAAGGAUGCAUUGAGCGAGCAGGAUUACGAGUACGCAAUGAAUGCGAUCAAGGAAGAGAACCUCAAGCUGCUCCAGAUUAUUUUGUACAAUCACAACUUCGAACUCAUGGUCGUCGAUUUCAUGGCGCCCGGUGAAAAGACCAUUCCUCGAUUGCUCGAUAAUUUCUUCAAAAUCGAGUCGAUCAGAACCACAAGAAAGAUGUUGGAAGCUGAGUUAAUGGAGCCCCGACAAGUGCGCCUCAAAUCCGCUAGCUUCGAGCCAGAAAUCGUCGUCGAAGAAAACCAAGCUGAGAGAAUCAGAAAAAUCGAAGCCGACUACAUCAUCGGCAAAUUGCUGAAGAGCCAUUUAGCAAGCAAAGUCAAAAAGUAA